CUUCCAUCGAUCUGCUCAAAGGACCAAAACAAAUAGUUUCUGCCUCUCCUGACUCACAAAGAUGGCUGCAGCUCUGACUCUCCUUCUCAUUGGUUCUCUGCUGCAAGGUUCUCAGAGUAAAGAGUUUCAGGCAUUUAUGCCGCAGACUAUAGAGGUUCUUACAGGAUCCUGUGUGACCAUCCCCUGCUCCUUUGAGAUAAAAGAUGAAUAUGAAUCAGAUUUAGAUGACACAUGUGGAGCAAAAUGGACAAAAGAUAAUAAUCUUGUGUUUAACAGCAAAGAUCCACAAACACCUUCAAAUAAUGGAGAACUGACAGGAAACUUGAGAAAAAAAGACUGCACCACAACCCUGAACAACAUUCAACCUGCUGGCAACUAUACAUUUAUCUUCAGAGUGGAAUGUAACAACGGUCUAAAAUGGAGUUUUGCUGUACAAGCAGCACUUCUUUCAGUCAAAGAUGAUCCUCCCAGACCGACUCUGACUCCGUCAGCUCUGAAGGUGGAGGAGGGAGCCUCAGUGAGUUUGAGGUGCUCUGCUCCAGCUCCAUGUCUGUCUCAUCCUCCAAAUGUGACAUGGACCAAAGGCCUGGGGGACAUUGUGGAGACACUGCAGAAUAAUAGUGACAAAAACAAAGUCCUGACCUCUGUAGUGACCUUCACUGCCUCUCACAAGCAUCAUGGAGAGACCAUCUUCUGUAAGGCCUCCUACCACAAACAGAAUGGAAGCGCUGAGUCAGCUGUUAGUUUAAAGGCUGAUGUUUCAUAUGCACCACAGAUCCUUCCCUCAUCCGACUGCAUCAGAGCUGGAGACCAGCUCAACUGCUCCUGUGUCACUCUGGGAAAUCCUCCUCCCACUGUACGCUGGCAUGUGAACGAGUCACCUGUCAAUCACUCCGACGAGCUUUUGAUAAGCAGCGAGCGUCUAAAUGACACAACCAGGUGGAGCAUCAUCACACUGAAUAAACAGCAGGAGGCGGGUCUUUCCUCCCUGCUCUGCUGCAGCAUGAACUCUGUGGGAUCUGCUACUCAGCAGUUUAGUGUCAACAGCAAGAGUCCAGGUGUGUAUCAUGUGCACUGA